AUGGGUGCUACUGCUGAUGAAGUUGACAUUCGAGGUCGCUGGAAAACUCGCUUGUCUGGACGGGUUGUUGAUGCCUACAUUUCGCCUGAACAGCCCUGGAUCGACGCUCGUGUUGCCGAAAAGCUUUGCAUGGGGGCUCCUAUUGCCUACAAGCUACACCCGGAUGCCAAGAGAGUGACUCCCGACUGGUUGAUUGAGCAUGUGGUGCCAAGGACACAUGCCUUUUACGACGGUGUCAACGACAUUUCGCUUCACUUGGCUCUGCUCUUUUGUGGGCUGCUCUUGACGAAUCUUGGGAGGAGAGGAUGGAGCCUCCCGUUCGUGUUAGGAUCCAAGAUGCCUCCACAUCAACGAAAUCGAGCCGAUGGAUACGGGAGGUGGCGGUGGCACGGCUGGUGGCACUACGGGAACGACCGCCAGGCAAGCACUCGUCAAGUUGCCAAUCAGUCUCGGCAGGUGACGGCUAUGCAAACGCAACAGAAGGUACGAACGAACGAGGAGAUUCUGACAAGGAUUAUUGCGCAGCACAACCAGCUCCAGCAGCUCAUUGCGCAGGAAGGUAGGACCCGCGACAGUUCGGCUGCUGCUUUGAGAGGUUGGUUGGAGACUUGGCUUGGCGCGGAGCUGACGAAACUGAAUGGAAAUAUUUGCAGGAUUGCUGUUCAGCUCCAAGGAUGGCAACACCUGAUCAGGCCUGCCAAGCUAGCCAAGUACAGAACUGUUGGCUCUGCUUGGCAAGAGUGGAUGCAUGGUAUUGGUGGCAACAAGCCAGCCAAGAACUUCACUGCUGAUGAUAUCAGGGCUUGCAAGUCAACCUACUCCAGGAGGAAGCCACUCUGGACUCUCAUGGCUACACUUGUCAAUGCUCAGAAAGCUCCAGCUUGGGUCAUCUUCAAGAUUGAGGAGCAUUACAAAGGAAGUGUUUUGAAUAUUACUGCUGCCAUCAAGCAGGACACCAUUAUGGGCAGUCUGCAUGAGGAUCUUUGUAUUGUCCGUGCUCAGUAA